AUCGCCAUCGGCACGCUUUGUUUACGAGGCCAACAAAGCGAGGUGUAUGGGCCGUGAAGUCACGGCUGCCUGACUCGGGAAACUACGGGAAACGCUAUAGUCCAGCCCAUGUGAGGUAGAGAAAGACUGUCAAGCCCCACGGUAUGGUUAAUCAGGGUGCCGAUGGCUCCGCCUGAAAAGUGUCUCAACGAGAUCGCGGCGCGCAGACUGCGGAAGGCUGCUGCUGACCGUGAGCGUAGGGCAAGGAUGUCUCCUGCUGAGCGUGAACGUCUCGCCGCAGCCAAGCGGGCACGUUAUGCUGAGACGAUGACGGCAGAGCACCGAGCUCGUCGCACCGCUGCUGCACGCGAGCGGUACUUGGCUCUUAUUGCGUCGGAUGAAUACCGCGCCCGUCGCAACUUGGCGCAGCGUGAGCGGUACGCCGCGAGAGCCACCGUGCAAAACCGGGGGAUUCGAGCAGCGGGUGGACGUGAUCUCCGCAAGCGUCGUCCUAGGCCAUUGCUAGGCAUAAGAGAAGACGCAUAUGAAGACUGUGAAAGGAUAAGGCCGGCAGCAGUGGCUGAAAUGCAGUUUUCACAACAGCUGAGUGUACCCUGCACAAACACACUGGUCAUGGCUACAGGUGACACUGUUGCCUACCGAAAAAGGGUUGUGUGCAGAUGCAACAGCAUUGCGGCCACAGAGCAUCGUGCCACAGUGUCUCGUGCCAUAACCUGUUCAAUCCGUCAAUUUGUGCGUAGUGUGUCGGCAUGGAAGAACACGUCAACAUGGAUGCUGCACAAGGAAACACAGACCCGACCCAUCAUGGUAACAAGGAAAACACAGACGCUAUGACAUCGGCGUCCUGUGUGGGCAAGGCAAACCAGUGCAUUCAGGUGCACCAGUUGUGAAGUGCUGCUGUGCUGUUGCUCCUGAUGCAUUCAUGUGCACAGUUGCCAACAUUGUGUCCUUGUGAUGUGGGUGCAGUGCUGCCACUAGCGGCCACCUGCAGGGUUUGCAUAGGAAGAUGACAAUUGGCCAGCCAUGAUCUAACAAUUGGUCCAUGUGUGCGUCUGGGUGCUCCACCUGCCAGUUGCCACUGGGCAUCACUGUCAUCUACAAUAGGCAGCUCACACCUGCCAGCUCCCUGCACUUACAUUGCUGCAUCAUGGACCGUCACUGGCUUCAACUAGGUGCAUAGCGCCACAGCUCCAGACUUUAUGUACUGGGAUUAUAACUGCCAAACAUGGUGUCAUCUUUGUAAGCCUACCAUGUUUAGCUGUACCAAAUUAAUUCUUUCAUGUUUGCAAUAAUGCAUGGUUGUUUUUUAUCUCUGUGAUGCAUGGAUUGUUCAUGUUCUGAUGUUCAAAAAAUACAAAUAAUAUAUGAUAUUGCUGUGAUGUGUGCUACUUGAAAUGAAUUUUGAUAUGUAAAAAAUAACUCUGAGCUAGCUACUGUGGUGUAUCGCCCUCUAAACAGAAACAUAACAUUGUUUAUGAAUUAUCUUGAAGCAUUUUUGUGCUCGCUCGAAUAACUUUAAUUUGUGCUGUUGACUUCCACAUAAAUGUUCUUGAUGACGCACCUAUUGUAUGUGACCUUACUAUGCGGCUGCUUUCAUCAAACUUUGUUACUAUAAUUAAAACAUGUGCUCGAGUAACUUCGUCCACUUCCUCUGCUCUAAAUUUGCUAAUUACAAACUGGGAAACUACAAUUCGUGACGCUAGUACAUUAGCAAUUACGGACCAUUGUCCAAUUUUUGUGUUUAACAAUGCUCCAGGGAAAACUGGAACAUGUCAGUGUGACUCAGUUAUUGUUCAGUGUAUGUCCCAUGAUGUUUAGAGGUUUUCAAAUCUAAUAUCUCUUCACAAGAUUGGUCCUGCAUAUCAUCAUCGUCAUCAUCAUCAGCCUGGCUAAGCCCACUACAGGGCAAAG